AUGGACAACGCCGUGGAGUCGAUUCAACAACAACCAAAGGGUAAGGUGAAUCUCCUCAACCACACCAACCUCCCUUUCCCUCUCCCUCCUCCCCACUACGCCGUCGCUUCCGAUUCUUCAUCCCCAAUGGCCCAGGUUUCACACCAACCACCACCGUUGUUCCCUCCUUAUAAAAAGAAAAAGAAAAAACCGCCAUCGUCGUCAUCAUCCCUUACCUCCUCCUCUUUUCCUCUUCAGCCACUGCAUCGACCGCCGGUGGCUGCUUGGGUGGGAGCGAUUGAUGGUGGGUGGACAAAUGACCCAUGGGUUUUUUGA